UCUCACGGCUCACCUUGCCUUCACCUUGCCCUGCUUGCGGUGUACGUCACGGUUCGGUCCAGACCUACCCGCCUCCACUCGAAAUCCCCGAGCUCCAAAACCUCCACACCCCCCGAACCCCAAGCGAGUAAGAGCAUCAGCAGCACAGCUCGACUUCCCAUUGCGACUCGCAUCGAGACCAGCUCCGACUUCAUCCCACCACGGGCACGUUACGGAUAUCACGCGUCAAGCCAAACGGACAUCUCGCGCGACGACAUCCAGCAUUCCGUCCAAUUGCAUCACGUCACCAAAAACUCAAUUGCGCCUACGACUCGAGGAAUACUCGACUAA